UCUUUCCCACUGAGUGGUUGUGGUUAUGCACCGAUAAUUUGCUGCCAUCGUAUUAAGAAGAGGAAGAAGAUAUCGUUCCCCUACAGACAGCAUGGCACUCAAGUCGGGAGAGGAGCGUCUGAAGGAGAUGGAGGCUGAGAUGGCUCUUUUUGAGCAGGAGGUUCUUGGGGGCCCAGUACCGGUAUCGGGAAGCCCACCUGUCAUGGAGGCAGUACCUGUAGCUCUGGCGGUCACAGCGCUUCCAGUAGUGCGACCCAUUAUUGGCACCAACACCUACAGACAGGUCCAGCAGACAUUAGAAGCCAGAGCUGCUAGUUUUGUUGGUCCUCCACCACCGGCCUUUGUGGGACCAGUUCCUCCAGUACGUCAACCUCCGCCUCCCAUGAUGAGACCAGCCUUUGUCCCGCAUAUCCUGCAGAGACCUGGUGGUCAGAGGCUGCAGGUGAUGCGUGGUCCUCCAAUAGCCCCUCCUCUGCCCCGGCCUCCUCCUCCACCUCCUAUGGUGCUCCCGUCUUCCCUGCAGGGCCAGAUACCUCAGGGGCCUUCUCAUCCCAUCCAGCAUAUAGUGGCUGCACCUCAGGUCGGUGAUAUGGUCUCUAUGGUGUCGGCACCUCCGGCAAGACAUGGACCCCUGCCUCCUGUCAAAACAACACCGUCCAUCAUCCAGGCAGCUCCGACCGUGUACUCCGCUCCUCCUGCUCAUAUUGGACAUAAAAGAAAUGAUGUUCGGGCUCAGAGACAAGCCAGAAUGGAAGAACUGGCAGCGCGCGUGGCAGAACAGCAGGCAGCAGUCAUGGCAGCAGGUCUACUCGACAAGAAGGAGAGCGAGGACAGCGGCGCCAUCAUCGGGCCGAGUAUGCCUGAGCCCGAGCCCCCCCACGUUGAGCCUGUGGAAAGUGCUACAGAAGACAAAAAGAAAGCAAAGUCUGAGAAGGUGAAGAAAUGUAUCCGUACUGCAGCAGGCACCAGCUGGGAAGACGCUAGUCUGUUGGAGUGGGAUUCAGAUGAUUUCCGUAUAUUCUGUGGUGAUCUUGGUAACGAGGUCAACGACGACAUACUGGCCAGAGCUUUCAGCAGAUACCCAUCGUUCCUCAAAGCUAAGGUGGUCAGAGAUAAACGGACAGGAAAAACCAAAGGCUACGGGUUUGUGAGCUUCAAAGAUCCAAACGACUACGUCAGAGCCAUGAGAGAGAUGAACGGGAAAUACGUUGGGAGUCGACCCAUCAAACUGAGGAAGAGCAUGUGGAAGGACCGCAACAUUGAAGUGGUCCGCAAGAAACAGAAAGAGAAGAAGAAACUCGGCCUCAGAUAAUUUUAUUGUACUCACCAGGGGACAGACGACGCUGUGUGAGAACUUUAUUCUUAUUUUGACCUGUCCAGUCUGGAGUUUGUCUCAGGUUGAACAGGUGUUAACUUUUGUUUUGUGUUUUUCUUCCUCAAAUAAACCCACCAUUUUUAAGUUGUU